AUGAAGUUUUUAAUUUUAAGCCUUAUUAUAGCAGUUUCAACUACUCUUAUAACUGGAGUAGCAUUUGUUUUAAGUAUAUUUUACAUAAAACUAUGGGAUUCCCUAAGCGUUUGGGAAUAAGAUAGUAGCUAAUGGAUAUUAUAAACAUAGAAGCAAAUCUUAGCGAAUUCUUUAACUUCAUUAAAGAUUUUAGAAGAGUACAGCUUUGAUUAGGUUUAAUUGCACAUGGUUGUUAUAAAUAAUCUGAUAUAUAAAUAUUACAAUCAACAAUUAACAGCAAAUAAAAAUACUAUUUUUACAAUCUGUUCUUAUAGAGAGCUUAUCUUUAAUUAAUGCUAAUAGAAUGUUUACACAUAGUUAAAUCAAAGCCAAUACUAUGUAGAUUUAUAUUUUGUUAGAACUCUAUUCAAGUAUGAUUUACUUAUGGAUAAUUAGAAAUAAUUCAUUCAAAUGAACGAUUUUGUUUCUUUUUAUGGAAAGGCUGCAUUCUAUGCUAGUUAGCUGGAGGGCUUGAUUUAAUUAGCGUUUAUUUACAAUUCUGAUGUAACUUCAGUACAAUAUGGUAUUCCAUCUGGUUUUUAUAACUAUACUGAUUCUGACUAUGAGAAUUGUUUAGGCAAUGAUUUUAUAGAACCAUACGAUCCUAGAUGUAGACCGUGGUUUUAGUUUUCUUCUAAACAUCCAGGCUACUUUUUUUUUUAACCUUAUCUUGAUUCUCUUGGAUAAGAUUUACUUAUGACCCUCUCUACUUAAAUAGUUUACAAUAAUCAGUUGUAAUCAGUGAAUAGCAUUGAUAUUUACAUGAUAAAUCUUAAUAAGUUAUUUAAUUCUACCUAAGGAAAUAACUCAUAUAAAGUUUUACUUCAUGAAUUUAAUUUCACAGUUUUUUCUCACCCUAAAUUAUAUAAUACGAAUCUGACAUCUUGGCCUGAAUUGGAAUACUAAAAUAUAACAACAAUAUGUAAUAAUACAUAAUAAGAAAAAGAAUUAUGCUUAGAGCAGAAAUAAUAGUUUUAUAAUUAAGUUAAUUCCACCAUAAAUUUUAUAUAAACUGGUAAUUAUUCCAUAGAUCAAAAAUUUAAUUUAGACCCUUUAUAUUAAUAUUGGACAAUAUACGGAGAUCAAAGAAUAAGCAUGAUUUAUCCAAUAAGAAGUUAAAUUAAAGGAUUUAACAACUAAUAGCCCUAUUCGUUUGCUAUAGUCCUAGCUGCAUAAGUUAUUUAAGAUAAAAGAGAAUAACUUAAACUGUUUAAUUUACUUAAUGCUAAUUAUAUUAGAGUACCUCUUAUUAUCUCAUUUAUAUUUAUUAGUAUACUGGUUAUUAUAUUUAUUAUUAAUUAUGGCAGAUUUUAGGUGCUUUAAAUUUGGUACCCAAUUGAACUGCUAACUUUAUUUCUAAGAUAAAGCUUAUUGAUGGAUUAAUCUUGUAGAAUUCAAAAAAGCGAAAUUAAUAAUGAAAGAUAAAAAAUAUAGUAGAGUAUAAAUAAGCGCUCUCCAAACAUAAAAUAUGAAAAUUUAAACAAUACUUCUAUUUUUAAGAAAAUUGAUUAAAAUGAAAGUUAGUAAAAAAUGUUAGAUUAAACUAAUUCAUUUAUUUUUGGAAAUUUAAAUAAUUUUAAGGUUAAUAAUAGCAUCAUUUUCAUUAAAGAUAAAAAACAUGAAGAGUUUAAAUCAAAUCAUUAAAUAAACAAAAAUAAAUAAAGCAUUUCUAUUUAGCCAGAAGAAAUAUUUAACUUAGAUGCUGUUUCUAGCUAAAAAACUGUUCAUAGUGUUCGCAGUUUUUAAUUUUAGUUUAAUAGAAAUAAAAGUAUUCUAUAAUCAAACAUAUUUUCUCAAAUACAAGAUUUCCAUAAUUGUCAAAAAGCACAAGAUGGCUAAAAUAAAAUUCUUAAAGGCUUAAAACCUGCAUUCUUGGAAAUGCAAAUAAUAAAAAAAACCUUUUAAGAAUUAGAGCUAGUUAUAAAUUACUCAGUUUAGUCUUCUCAAUUAAAAUCAUAAGAUAACUUAAGAACUCUUUUUCAUUUUACUAAAGCUAAGUAGUUAUUUUUAAAGUUAAAAAAUGAUACUGGAUUAAGCCGCUGCUACUAUAACUUAGGGCUGAUAUAUCUUUUAAAAGAAGAGUACAGUAUUUCAUCAGAAUAUUUUGAAUCUGCAAUACAACUAAAUUUAGACUGGCUAGGCUUGAGUUCUUUUUGUCAAAUCAAUUAAUAUUAUGCUAGUCAUAAAGACUAAGAAGAAAAAAACUAGCUUAUUAUAUUAACUAAAAGAAUAUUUUCGCUAGCCUAUAGUUAAAAAUGUGCUGCCUUUUAAUAGAUAAGUGUAGAAUCGAAAUCGAAUAAGCAAGACUCUCUUGACAAUUUUAUAGAUAACCUCCAUUCCUUUUCAAGAUUUACUAAAAAAGAAUCAAGAGCUGGAUUGAAAUCAUAGUAUAGUUAAUAGUUAUUAACCCAAUCUCUCAUUUUAUUUUAGAAAGUAGAGAAAAUUAUUUAGUACUUUAUUUAAGAUUUUACUGAAAUAUUCUAAAUUUUUUUGUUUCAGGAGAUUGUUGAAAUUUUGAUUUAACUAGACUUAAAAUUCUAAAUACAAAAUUACAUAUCUAAAAUCGAUUUCUUAUUUUUUAAUAAUUAAAUAACAUAUUAAGUAUAAAAGGCUGUUAAAAAAAAUAUUUCCUUAAAGGAAAACUUUAGCAUAAAGUAAAUGGUAAUAGAAACGUUUAAAGGCAGAUAGUUAUUUUUAUUAGGAAUGAUAGAAAAAGCUAACAAGAAUUUAUUUGAGGCUAUUGAAUAUUUAACGUAAAGCUUGGAAAUACCUACUCAUUAUAAUUAUUUUUAAAAAGUAAGAACUUUCUAAGCUUUAGCUUCUGUUUUUGAGCAGGUUCCUUUUGAAAAGAGCUUCAUUGAUGAAGAAUACCUCAGUUCUGAAACUGAGGCUUCUGUAGAUUUAGUUGUCCUAAUCCAGUUCGAUAAAAACCUUUCUCAAUUCUUGUUUAUUAAUAUUAUUGAAAAUUUCAAAAAGUUUAAUUUUUUUGGUAGAAACGAUAGAAUUCAGAUUUUAUUAUUUAAUAAAGAAAUUCACUAACUCAUUCCAUACACAUAAAUACAGAGUGAUCAUCAUUGGAAGAUAAUUAUAGAUUCAUUGCACAAUAUUGGGAAAGACUUAAUAAAAAAUGAAUAAAAAUAAAAAAAAUAGCCAACACUUGAAUAGAUCAUUUUUCAAUCACUCAUCUACAUUUAUGAGAAUAACAAUUUAGAAUAAUAACAAAUUUUUAAAUCAGAUUUCAACAAUUUAAAUUAUAAAAAUUAAUCUAGAUUUUUUGAAACUUAUUAUUAACAAAAUAGAUGUAAAAAAAGAAAAAAAGUAUUAUUACUUUUAUCAAAUAGAGAUGUAUAUUUUAAAUUAAGUAAUAAAUUUUUAAAUAAAUUACAACCAUUUCAAAAAAUUAAAAUCUACCAUCUAAAAGAAAACAAUUUAUUUUAAAUUGAAGAAAAGCAAUAUGAAAAUGACUUAUUUUCAUAUGAAUUACUCUUAAGUUAGAAUGAGUUGAUUUUAAAUUUGAGUAGAUAAAGAUUUUAUGAAUAUUUUGAUAUUCAAAGUGUAUUUUUAACUAUUUUAAAUCAUUUUUGA